UUUCUCAAUUCGCCAUGUCCCGCCCCAGCGCCACGCAAUCCCAGAACGUCAACAACUUCCUCAGCGAGCGCUCAAGCACUCGGCUGGCCAAGCCCCCUGGCGGCGGCUCGACCAUGGGGUCGCUCAUCUUUGGGGGAGACAACGCUGCGACGUGCGACGAUCGCAAAGGACGCCGAGGCAUGGGCUCUCGCCCCGAGCACUGUUCUGGAAGCCAAGUGUUUCAUCACGACAUGGGCGCGAUCGUGAAAACGAACAACAGCAGCAACAACAAUUCCAAGGAAACGGAAAAGUACCAACGACAGCAACAAGAAUACCUUCAGCAGCAACAAGACCGUCGCAUCUCAGUCAACAACCAAGGAUCUAGCGACAUCUUUCUGCGCAAUGCCCCGGUUGCCAUCGCUGGAGAUCGUCGCACGAAACGCAUGUAUGGUGGCGGCCAGUCAGACUUUAAACUGUCAUAAAUACUCCCAAGUCUGCAAACGUCCA